GAGGGGGCCACUGGCCCUCUGACCUCACAAACACACCUCUCCGCGAGGGAUGGAGUUACUCCCCUCAGCUGCUCCUCCCCUGCUGGGCCAGGCGGGCGCCCCCGCCCUUCUCCCCCUCCUACCCGCCACGGCAGCCAUGAAAGGGAACCCCAGCUCCCUGGAAACCCUGCUAUGGGUCUACCACUUCCACAGCUCCACCGAGGUGGCCCUCCAGCCCCCGCUUCUGUCCUCCCUGGAGCUCGCUGCGGCCGCAGCCCAUGAAUAUCUGGAGCAGAGUUUCCGAAAGCGCAGGUCCCCGGAGCUGCCAGAGCCCCAAGAGCCGAAGAAGCCCCCCACCCCGAAGCCCACGCUGGGGCUGGUGCUGAGGGAAGCGGUGGCCAGCGCCAUGAACUUCGGCGCCACCUUGUUAGAGAUCUCAGCCCUGUGGCUGCAGCAGGAGGUGCGGCGACUAGACGGCGGCGACGAGAGCGCGGGCGCGGGCCCAGACGCCGGGAACCCGGGCGGGGCGCUGGCCCGGGCGGCCCAGGCCGCGGGGCAGGCGGCGCGGCAGGCGGGAGCCGCGGCGGGCGCGGGCGCCCGGCUCCUCCUCCAGGGGGCGUGGCUGUGCCUGAGCGGGCGGGGUCUGCAGGGGUCCGCCUCGCUCCUGCAGCAGUGGCGACGCCACCUGGGCCUCGCGCCCCCGGGGAGCCGGGGAGUGCAGAGGGGGGCGCACCCGGGGGACCCCCCGGCGGCGCGCGGCAGCAAUGAGGAGGACGGGGGCCCGGGGCACCCGCCGCCGCCCUAA